AUGGACAUACAAGACAAACUGCGCGGAGUUUAAAGUACGGAUACGCAUCCACUGCAAGGUUCAGUUCAAGGCUUGUGUUGAUUUGAUUCUCCCAAUUUCAAAAAAUACAAAAGUCGAAACAGAGCUAAACAAUGGCGUUUUCAUGGUGGUUCUCUCGUCUACGCUCGUCUUCCAGAACAAUCUUUACACAUCUUCGAUCAUCCCAGUCCACACCUUCAACUGCCGUUUCUGAAGUCAUCUCUUCCAAAGAAAAAAACCCAUUUUUAUGGUGGUCUUCUUACUUAGUCCCCAUUUCAGCUGCUUCACUUUUGCUCCAAUUUCAAUCCAAUCCUCCCUCUUUUUCUGACUCUUUCCAUUCUGAUUCUCGAGGUGUUGGCAUAGGUGGUAAUGGAAGCACUGAGUUUGUGGUGAAGGGUUCUCACAGAAGUGUUCCACAAGAACUCAUCGAUGAUUUGAAGGCUAUAUGUGGGGAAAACAUGUCAAUGGAUUAUGAGGAGAGAUCUGUGCAUGGGAAACCACAAAACAGCUUUCACAAAGCUGUAAAUAUUCCUGACAUUGUCAUCUUUCCAAGGUCCGAACAAGAAGUUUCGUUGAUUGUUAAGUCUUGUAACAACCAUAAGGUUCCUAUCGUACCAUAUGGUGGAGCUACAUCUAUAGAGGGUCAUACUUUAUCUCCUCAUGGAGGGGUCUGCAUUGACUUGUCACUAAUGAAAAAUGUUAAAGCAUUACAUGUCAGGGAUAUGGAUGUGGUUGUUGAGCCUGGGAUUGGAUGGAUGGAGUUAAAUGAAUACUUGGAACCUUAUGGCUUAUUCUUUCCUCUUGAUCCUGGUCCUGGUGCUACCAUUGGCGGUAUGUGUGCAACGCGCUGCUCUGGUUCAUUAGCUGUGAGGUAUGGAACAAUGCGUGAAAAUGUCAUCAAUCUGAAGGUUGUCUUAGCAAAUGGUGAUGUUGUCAAGACUGGAAAUCGUGCCCGAAAGAGUGCAGCAGGGUAUGAUUUGACCCGGCUAGUCAUUGGAAGUGAAGGAACCUUGGGUGUGAUUACAGAAGUUACUCUACGCCUUCAGAAAAUCCCUCAGUACUCAGUAGUUGCGAGAUGUAACUUUCCUUCAAUUAAGGAUGCUGCUGAUGUUGCUAUUGCCACUAUGAUGUCUGGAAUACAGGUAUCCAGGGUAGAACUUAUGGAUGAGGUUCAAGUAAAGGCAAUAAAUAUUGCUAAUGGAUCAAAUUUGCCUGAAACACCUACUUUAUUAUUUGAAUUUGUCGGAACAGAAGCAUAUUCACGUGAACAGACAAGACUGGUCCAGAAGAUCGCUUCUGAGCAUAAUGGUUCGGAUUUUGUUUUUGCAGAAGAGCCUGAAGCUAAAAAGGAGCUCUGGAAGAUGAGGAAGGAAGCUCUCUGGGCGUGUUUUGCAAUGGAACCUGAAUAUGAAGCAAUGAUUUCGGAUGUUUGUGUGCCUUUGUCUCAACUUGCUGAGUUAAUAUCAAAGUCCAAAGAGGUCCUGGAUGCAUCUCCAUUGAUCUGUGCAGUGGUUGCCCAUGCCGGUGAUGGGAACUUUCAUACCUUGAUCUUAUUUGAUCCUAACAACGAAGAGCACAGAAAAGAAGCUGAAAGGCUAAAUCAUUUCAUGGUCCAGGCAGCCUUGUCAAUGGAAGGAACAUGUACCGGAGAACAUGGAGUUGGUACUGGAAAAAUGAAGUACCUGGAACAAGAACUGGGGAUAGAAAAUUUGAAGACAAUGAAAAGCAUAAAAGCAGCUAUGGAUCCCAACAAUAUUAUGAAUCCUGGAAAGCUGAUCCCUCCCCAUGUCUGUUUCUAAAAUCGCGUUUUGGCCCAACCUCGGCCCCUACCAAUUGGCGUAGGUGUAUCAUCUUUAUAGUUUGUCUGCAGCCAAUGUUUGCUGUACUAUUGUAAACUUUGGAGUUCAUGCUACCAUUCAGUGCUGAUAUCUUCUUCAAAUCGUUGGUGUUAAAGACUUUCGAAUUUCAAUAACCACUGAAAAAUAAAAAGAGCUGUAUCUGAAAGUUUUGUAAACCAAAGUUACUAGUUUCCCAAAGAUUAAAAGGAAUACUACCCAAUAAAUAGGUAUAGAGCAGCUCAUAACUUGGCUCUUCAUAUCA